AUGUGGAUCCUUCGAAAAGUCCAAGAGAGUGCUGAGAACUUUCCACUGGAAAUAAGCCGGCUUGUGUGUAAAAACUCAGAAGCGAUUUCAGCCAAAGCAAAUCUCUUCAGCAAACUUCACAGCAAUAUCCUGACACCGGACCAAAUUCCUGACUUCUUCCUGCCUCCCCGGUUGAGCAGACGCUCUCUAGUUGCAGCGGAGAGCAUUGUUUUACACCGCCCUGGGGACACUGGAGUCAGCUGCAGUGAGAGCUCUCAAGCAAACUCUGACACAACUCCUACAGUGAUGGAGACAGAUAAAACCAAGGGCACCAGGGUAGCCAUGAGAGGACCAAUGAAACCAAUUCCAUUUUCAUUAAAAAACUACGAGUCUGGAUUUUUUGAGAGUCCAAACACUAGGCGCAAGGAGUCGUUGUUUCACUCUUCACUUUCAAGCUACACACUUGACCGGAUGACCAAAAAGGCGGUUCCAAAACUGCCCUCCAUAGCACUGCUGAAAGUGGGCAGCGUUGAGAGUGACACCUGUUCUUCUGCUGACUCCUCCCCUCACAGCUCACCACCUCCGAUCAGGAGCAAACAUGAGAUCAUUUCAAAGACACACUCAUCAUCAAAAGAAUCCCUUUAUAAAGAUCAUUCACUCACAAACACAAAUGACAAACCCAAAUUUGCAAGAGAUAGCCGUGUUACCCGACCUCCUUCUUCAACCUUAGCCCCUCCUCUUCAGUUUCAACUAGACAUGCUACAUUGUCAGGAACGACUCAAUAGCGAGCACGUCCUCCUCCUCCCACGUAGGGGUUGUAUUCGUCUCUCGGCCUCUCGUGCCAACAUGGAUGGAGAUCUGUCCACCAUUCGAAUUCGGGUGAUCUCUGUAGAAGACCUGCGUGAACCCGGUGACCCCCGGCCACUGCAUUGCGGUCUUACCUUGAGCCUCAGUCCAGGCAAGCUGCAGCGGCAGCACAGCGCUGUCAUCAGGAACUGUCGCAACCCUGUGUUCAACGAGGACUUCUUUUUCACAAAACCAGAAGGAGAGGAGCAGUGGUUGAAUAACUUUGCAAUCAGGGUGAAGGUGCUGGAGAAAAACUCUGGUCUGGGGAGGGCCGCAGUGCUUGGGGUUAUCAACAAGCCACUUGCUGAGCUACUAGCACUGUAA